UUAAUGCCUAUGUUUUUUUCCAAUUCUUGAAUUAGGGUUUUCAUGCCUCAGUAAAUUCCUUAUCAAAUUUAGCAAAUCAUUCUUUGUUAUACAUCUUUUUCUUGAUAGCAAUUCCUACGACCCAGUAACUUCUUCAUUUUUUUUUUUUUUAAAAUUCCUGAAAUUGUUUGUUUUUCACGAAAAGGAUAUUUUGUUGAAUUUUAUAUGUUUUGUAGCGGGGAAAGGGAAGAGUAAUUUAAGAGUCAUCCCAAUGUUUGAAAAUUGAACGGUUCUAUUGUGAUGGAAAAUUCGAACCCAGUAAUACUAGAGAUAAGCUCCGAUGAUGAGGCCAGUUUCGGCGAUGCCAGUGGAGGCGGCGGCGGAGGAGGAGAAGACCAUGAUUGGCUAUCGGAGCUAUUAGACGAGGUGGAUAGAGGUUCGGAUGAUUCUGAUGAUGUGGUUUUGGUGGAUGAGGUGGUUGUCAAGCCAAAGAAAUCAAGAUUAAAUUCUUCUAAUUCUUCUGAAAUGGUAAAUUAUAACGGCUGCUAUGAUGACGAUGAUGAUGAGUGUGUGAUUCUUGAUGGUGACCCUGAUAAGCCGUUGGCGGUCGAGAAUGGUAAAGUAGAUGAUGAGGGUUCUGAUGAUUUGCUUGUUGUUGGUGAAAAGGGACAGGUUGCAUGCAGAGACUUCCCUCACCCACGGCAUCUUUGUGCAACAUUUCCGUUUGCUUCUACUCCCCACCAUACUCACUGUGACCUGCAUUUCCAGUAUUGACCAUUGUCAUGACCAUUGUCAUGCAACGGAUAAAGAGGAGUUUUGGACAUCUCAACGGAAAAGCAUGAAGGAAAGUGACAAAACACAACCAAUUCCUAAUGUUGUUCCUCGAGCAAGUCUGGUUCCGUCAUUGCCUCUAGUACAGGCCAACUCUUUGGCCCAGAAUCAGGAUGUUAAUCAGGACACAGUGCGCCCUUGGACCCAUCUUGGCAUUCCAAAUAUCACGAAUCAAGGCAGUAGUCAACUGUCUAGAUCUGCUUUUCCUAGAUAUCAACCACAUUUGGUCCCCCAACAGUUGCAUAGUAGUGCACACAAUAGGAGUGAUUUAUCUAGGAAUAGAAGGCACAUUGUAGGAAGCAGAGGCCCUCAGUUCAGUACUCAAUGUACAGCCUUCAAAAGGAGUGGGCUGGCCCGGGUUGAUUUGGUGAAUGAUAGUCGUGGCUAUGGUUUAUCCAAUAACAGUUACAGGUCACAAUUUUCUAAUAACCCGCCGCUGCGUAGGUGUCAUGCUUCUAGUGGCGAAGUGCAUAUGGGCACAAGUGAUGAUUAUGCAAAUUUUGCACCCCACGAACCUCAAAUGUCGACUCAGACAUCUGUGAGCAGCCCGGUUACAAUUGCAAUACCCACCCGACCUCAAGUGUCUUCUCAGCAAUACAGACGCAAUUUUCAGAAAGCAGUUUCCUCGCAGCCCCAAAUUGCUUCCCAGCCGUAUGUCAGAAACCAUUUUCAGAACACAGCUAUCCCCCAGCACCCACUGGUGUCUCGACAUAAUGGGGGCAAUACCUUUCAUCCUGUACCUUCUCAAACCCAUGUUUCCACCCCACUCUACACAGGCAACACUUGUGAACAUCCACUGCCCCCGAUGUCCUCACAGCACAAUAUGGAUAGAACCUAUGGAUGUUUUGUCUCUUCUCAACCUGAAGGUUAUGCUGACCCUACUUCGUUACUGAAUGGACAAAAUAUCUGUCAGCAAGAGAAUCAAAUGCAAAGUGGUCUUGAUUCAAAUUUUGCGGAUUUUGGCUUUAGUUGGGUUCCCCCUAUCAGCGGAAGCAACCAACAAAUCCCUGCAGGAAGUUUCCGACUACAAAAUCCAGUACCAGCUGAUAAUUCCCAGUUUCAAAGUGUACCGCCAGAAGAUAACACGUAUGGACAUGUAGUACCAAAGGAUAAUUUUUCCCUCAUAGAUGACAGUAAUUCCUGGUUUCCCGGGAUUACAGAACCUGAUUCAUUGGACUUUCAAUUUGACACUUGGAUGUUUGAGAAUCAAUCUGUUCCAGGGGCUUUGGAAGUUUCUGUUCCUCCUGGGUUGAAUGUAUACUCCCCUGAACCGGGUACUAUAGACGCAGGUACUCUCUUCGAUUUUUAAUUCUCUUGCUGAUGGUGGAAAAUGGCAGGCCUAGAAUUGUUUAAAAAAUGGGAAAUUGAUGUUUUUGGUGAUGUAUAGGAAGAGUCGAGUCGAGUCGAGUUUUAUCUUUUUACCACUCGGAGAGAGCGGAGAUCUUCCUCGUUUGAAGGUUUCUUGUACAGAAACUAAUCUUUUGUAAAAUCUUUUCCUGUAUUUAAUCCCCGCUCCGGAAAAUUCUCUCGAAUGCAUUCGAAUUGUAAGAAUAUUCAAUUCCAUGCUAAUUUAUUUCACUGAAUAUUUUUACUAAGCCUAGAAAGAUGUUUUUGAAAAAUGUUUUGGUUUCCCUGAAUUUCAUUUGAGUGAAUUCUCAUAGUGGAACUUCAUAUAAGCAAGCAAUAAAA